AAUUCAAGUCGAAUGACAAUGUACACUCGGAUUUCAAUAUUUUUGUUAUUUGGAUAUCUAGAAAUGGUCAAAUAUUUGUGAAAUUAUUUUWAAAAAGUCUCGCCAUUUUGACAUUGAAGUUAGUCCAUAUGAAGGAAUGUGUGGAGUUCAGUGUUCGACCGCGCGGCCAUCAUGUUUAAAUAUCUCCAUACGGCUCAUUGCCAAGGCGGUCUUUGUACGACUGGCACAAUUGCAGCUACCCUAGGAGCUAGAAACACUUCCUCGCUCAUCCGAGUCGAUUGAAGUACAAUAGCACGAUUGAACCGUUCAACAUGGAUGAUAGUACAAAUAAGCUUGAUACACCCCAACAUGAGCAAAAAGAACAGCUUCUAGACACCACGAAAGCGACAGAACAAGCAGAAUCUUUAGAGAUGAAAGAUCUCUCGAUAUGUGACACAGAAGUCGUAGCUGUUCGCGAAAAAUGGGGGCAUAAAUUCGACUUCAUGUUGUCGUGUGUCGGGUAUGCUGUUGGUAUUGGCAACGUAUGGCGCUUCCCGUAUCUGUGUUUCAAUAAUGGAGGAGCAACCUUUCUCAUUCCUUACUUUCUGAUGUUGGCCAUCAAUGGUAUUCCAUUGUUCUACAUGGAGCUUGCUAUUGGUCAAUAUCUCAGUCUUGGUACCGUGGGAGCCUGGACAGCUAUCUGCCCCAUGUCACGUGGGAUUGGUUUCGCUAUGAUAAUGUUAUCAUUCUUGGUUUCUAUCUAUUAUAACAUCAUCAUUGCUUGGUGUAUUUUAUUUCUUAUCAACUCUUUUCGUGCCGAAAUACCCUGGAAAACAUGUGAUAAUGCAUGGAAUACACCUGUUUGUAGAACUAUGAGGCAAAGCAGCAAUAGUACAAUCAACUGUACUGCUCUUGGACUCGCACAGAAUUGUACGCCUGAAUGGAAAUCGCCUGCAGAGGAAUUCUUCAAUAACAAGAUUCUUCGGAUCAGUGAUGGGCUGGAGCACCUUGGAUCCAUGGGUUGGGAAGUUACACUCAGUCUUCUCUUGGCUUGGAUUUUGGUCUAUCUUUGUCUUGUGAAAGGAGUCAAGUCAUCGGGAAWGGUUGUGUACUUCACUGCUGUGUUUCCAUACGUAGUCCUCGUCAUUUUGUUUUUCCGUGGAGUUACACUGGAAGGWGCUGCAAGCGGGGUUCUGUUCUACACUACCCCUGAUUUUCACAAGCUCAAAAACCCAGAGGUUUGGGUUCGCGCCGCUACCCAGAUAUUCUACUCCCUCGGUAUUGGAUUUGGUUCGCUUACUACGUUUGGUAGUUACAACAACUUUCAUAACAAAGUUGAGAAAGAUGCUAUAAUAGUGUGUCUAAUCAACUGUGGCACAAGUUUCUUUGCUGGAUUUGUCAUCUUCAGUGUCAUGGGUUUCAUGGCGUUCACACUGGGAACAUCCAUAGAUAAAGUAGUUGAUAGCGGACCGGGACUUGCUUUCGUAGCGUAUCCUGAAGCCAUAUCUCAGAUGCCUGUGUCAACCUUAUGGGCAAUCUUGUUCUUCUUCAUGUUGAUCACUCUUGGUCUUGACAGCCAGUUUGGUAUGGUUGAAUGUGUGAUCACAGGACUCUCAGAUGAAUAUCCCAAGUAUCUCCGAAAAUACAAAUGGCUUCUUCUUAUCUUCAUAUGUGCUGUGAUGUUUCUUCUUGCUCUACCGUUGUGUACAGAGGGUGGCAUGUACGUGUUCAACCUUAUGGAUUACCAAUCGGGAGGAGUAUCUCUUUUGGUCGUCGGAUUUUGUGAAACUGUAGUCGUUGGAUGGAUUGUCGGUACUGAUUUUCUUGGUGACAUGGUCGAAACUAUGACAGGAAGGAGGCCAAGAAAAUUUUUCGUUCUGUGUUGGAAAUACAUCUCGCCAAUCUUUACCCUCGGACUUAUCAUUGCGCAACUUACCAUGUGGAGCGGAGUUAGUUACAACAAGAAGCCGUACCCAGACUGGGCUGAGUUCAUUGGUUGGUUACUCGCUUUCGCUUCAAUGACUUUUAUCCCGGUCUUCGCAGUUCUGCAGUUCUACUAUGCCGAAGGCGCUACUUUCACUGAGAAAUUUCGCAAUGGUAUUAAGCCUGACUCCAAUGCCUUUAAGAAGGUCGAAUUACGAAACUGCGAAAGCCAACGGCUAAAGUAAUGUUUGACAAACCAGUUGUUUUAUUGUGCUAACGCUAGGCUUUAAUACAUCUUUAUAACCAGCUAACUGAUCUGCGAAAAGAAGUUAGCCAAUCAAAAUCAAGAAAAUUUUCAAAUAUGUGGUGUCCUUUUUCUCUCUUGAAAUUAAAACAAAACAAAAAAAAAAAAAAAAAAAAAAAAAAAAACCACAAAAAAAAAAACCGUUGCUAAUAAUCGCUUGAUAACAGUGACAAUAAUUUUAUGAAUGGCGGGCUUGUUUUUAUUUUUUGCUACUAUAAAUUAUAUAAAAAAGAUAAUUUAUGUUAAAUUAUGCAAAGGUAAAGUUUCUUAAUUUUAAUAAUUGUAUCAUCACUUUAUAAUAUAAGCAUGCGCAACUAUUGUAAUAUUUUCAAAUUCUCUUUCCUGUCCAAAGUAAAGAUUAUAAUAUAAUUUGGAUCGUUUCCAUUCGCAUUCUUUCGAGGGAAAACUUAUGACUUAUGGAAUCAGUCUAGUAUAGUUUGGGAUGAUAUAAUUAAUCUGCAAUAGGACUACGUGUCUAUCCAAUUCGGAAAUAACUGAAUUCAAAAAAUUCCUCUGACUGACCUAUCGGCCUCUUCCAAUUUUAUCAAUCCUCGGAAUUUUUUUCAUCCAAUUAUUACAGCAUGUAGUCUACCUAUACUUAUCGACCUAAAAAAGACCUCUUACCGUGUCGUCAGCACACCCGGGCAUGAUGAUUCGUGCAUCAACCAUCAAAUGGGAAAUUUAUUUCGGACGGCACUUACAUCAGAGGGUGCCAAUGGGGGUCCUCAAUUGUCAGUUAACUAAUAAUUUUUCGGCCGAAUGUCAGUUAACUGCGCUGGACAUAAUAUUAACCAAAAUAAUGAAAUAUCAGUUAACUGUUGUUUAUCCGGCCCAUUGGCCCUCUUAACAUAGGUCUUGACUUUGCUUAAAGAUUGUGCAUGAGAAGACACGUUCAUUUUUUUAAAUAAAUGAGCCCUAAAACGUUUAUGAAAAACAGUCGCAAGCCGAUUCAGCCAUUCGACAUGACGCUACUUCGGUAUCCAGUAUACCGUACGUUUAUAUAAUGACCGAGAAAUAUAAAAAUAAACUCACUUUGUACUUGAAGUUAGAGUGCAUACCAUAUGUACGUGAAAACUUUGUAAGAAAUGGCACAGAUUUGCCACUUUAAUAAAUUCACUAGACCUCAGUA